GUAGCCAAUCACAGGAUUGUUUUUCUGUCAUGUCGGUGCACGGAUAGUAAGCUAACGGAUAAUGCAAACAUAAACUCAUAUAAAGAACGCGAAUUGUUACUAAAGGCGGCACAGCACGAAACGGUUUGAUAAUUUGGACCGAACCUUCCUUGGUGGACUUUUAUUCGUGAAAAUGUGGAGCGGGCGUCACUGCGAGCACAUACGAAUUGGGUAACGUGAGCUAACUAACGUUAGCAACAACCUGCUAAUUUUUAACGUUCCGCAAGGCCGCGGAGAAAUACAAGAGCUGCUUCCUGUUGUAGCUUCAGUGAGAAUGUAGGUUACAUGACGAUCAGAGUAACAAAAUCACAGCUGGUAUCUAAGUAGCUAGUUUAGUGGUUUGAUUGCAUUUAAGUUUCCUUUAGUUGAGCUUGCAGGCUACCUAGCUUGUUAGCUAUUUGGCUAGCUAGCUAGCAUGAGCGAACUGACGGACUGCAAACAGUCCGCUGACUCUGCAUCGAGGAAACGGUGUCCAUCACCCGACGACGAUGAAGGCAGCACGAUUCCCUGCAAGUCCACAAAAGUAAGUGACGCAUCAAAUGAAGCGGGGGUUACUUCGGAAAGUUUCAAAAACAGUGAAGCCGAGAGUAAAGAAAUUGCUCGGAGCGAGGGGCAGUCUAAAGAUGGUGAGAAAGAACAAGCUGCCGUGAGAUCAGAUCAGGGUUCAGACCGCACAGAUGGCACCAGUGUACUGCCUGUUAACAGCUCCAAUACUGGCGGUCAUGAUGCCAGCAACAUCGAAAAACCACAGUCCUCAGAUGCACGCGGAUCUGCUGACAAAAAGAACAACACGGAGAAUACUGUAGGAACAAAGCAGCGUCCCGCAAGUCCUCUGGACCAGUCCGACUCAGCAGCAAUAGCAGCUGCUGAAGCACUUGCCAGUCUCACAGGACGAGACGGGGAAGACAGUCAAGAGACUCCUUGCUCAUCUGAAAAGGCGAAACCGGUGAAACAGGGUAACAAAUUCAAGCAACGUGGGGGCCACCAGUCCUCAAGAGCAGGCUCUAAAACGCAGGCAGCUGCUGCAGAUAGCUCCACAUCUGUGCAUAGUACUGACAGAGAAGAUGCAGAUGAUGUGCCACAAGCAGAUGAAGGCGAUGAAUCCAUGUCCGGAUCUUCCUCCACUCCUAGCUCCUCAUUCCCAUCAGACAACGAGGACAAUGAUGACGGGGAGUGUGCCAUUGUAUCGGUUAAGAUGGCCCCAGAGAUGAGACAGUCGGUGGCUCUCCUGGCGCAGGUACAGAUGCGACUGGAAGCCCUUGAGAAGAAAAGUGCCCGGCUUCACCAGCGGCUGGAGCUGAAGAUUAGUCGUCAGCGGCGCCCACAUUUGGAUCAGCGCAGCUCCAUCACAAAAACUAUACCUGGCUUCUGGGUGACAGCUCUGCUGAACCAUCCUCAUCUCUCAGCUCACAUUGACGAGAAUGAUGAAGAUGCUCUUAGUUACAUGACUGAUCUUGAGAUCGAGUCCUUCAAGAACAAUAAACUGGGCUACAGGAUCCGCUUCCACUUCAGACGGAACCCGUACUUCCAGAACAACAUCAUCAUGAAGGAGCUGCACCUCGGGAUGGGAGGAUCUCCCAUGUCAUUCUCCAACCCCAUUCUGUGGCAUCGUGGACAGAACCUGACUACCCACAGUGAACCCAGAAAGUCGUCACGUGGGGUCUACCAGACCUUUUUCAGCUGGUUCAGUGACCAUAGCAACCCAGGACAAGAUGAUGUUGCACAGAUACUUAAGGACGACCUAUACAGAGACCCUCUGAGAUACUACCUCACUCCGCUCUGGGAACCGAGGGAGAACGGCAGCAGUGGCAGCGGGGCACGAGCAGCUGACAACGGUAAUGGCGAUGACUGUGUGGUGAUCUCGGACUCAGAUGAUGAGCCUGGCGAGGAAGCUGGUGAGCCUGAACAAGGCCACAGUAAGGAAGAGGAGGAGGAAGAGGAGGAGGGGGAGGAAGAGGAGGAGGGGGAGGAGGAGAGGGGGCAAAGCGCUGAUGAGAGCCCAGAGGAGGAGGAGGAUGGUGGAGAAAUUGUGAUUGACGGCUCUGAUGACAGUGAGCAGGAAGAGGAGGAGGCUUGAAAAGAAGUAAAGAAGAAUGUCGAUGAAGAGUCCAAGUCAUCAAGGGACCAGUGACCAGGAAGAUGAAGAGGAUGCCUAGUUUGGCUGAGAGUACCAGAGCAAUUUAUUGUCAUUUUUAUGCACAGAAUCAGUUUUUGUUGUUUUAUACCUAAAAUACAUAACAACAUUUUAAAUCAGGGUUAACUAUGAUAAUGAAGCCAAGGCAGCAUGUUUUCCCCUCUAUUUUAUACAGUCGGUACUGUGUAUUCUGAUGUACUCUGAUUCACUUUUUGCAAAAUGUUUUUUUCUAAACAGGUGCCAGUCGGUUCAUACAAGUAGUGUUCUUCUCUUUAACGAGGAGUGUCGUACGGCAGCCUACACACAUGCCGGUGUGAUUUUGAUUACCGCUACUUGUUGGCAUAAAAUUUUGCAUUGCAAAUUCUUCAAAUUGAUAAUGCAGAAACUGUCAGUGGCAUUAUUAGUGGUCAUUUCAAGGCAAAGUUUUGGCUGUUUUUAGAAUUGACGUGACGAGAGAAACCUGUCACUAAAUUGAUAUAAUGACAGUACAUUUCAGAUGCACUGAGUACUGAACCAAAAUUUGUUCUCAGGGAUGAUCAUGGUGGUAGUUUUAUUGAAAGAACCUUACUGAUUUUCAGACAUUUACACUCUGGUUAUUGUGGCUAUAAGGAAACAUGAACUCUACUGUAGUAAAUAGGAGCAAAAAUAUUGUUUUAAUAUGCUACCUGUGUUUUUCCUUCUUCAUCUAUGUGUUCAGUCUUGUUACACGCCAACGUCCAUCUUUUAACACCAUAUAAACAAUCUGUUUAAAAUCAUUGCGUAGUUUGACCAAUGUUUCUGUGGGUUCCUACAUUUUUCUAACACGCUCCUACAAUAAGUAGCUGAAUUUUGUAUUUUUCUUUUCUUUAGAUUUUAACUUAAUUUAAAUUUGCUUUCUAAAACAUUUUAAGAUUUGUUUUUGUGUAAUGUGUCUUAAGAUUUUGUGUUAUCUUCUUUUUAAAAAGAUGGUAUUUAUUACAUUGUUUUUCUACACGUCCACAUUAUGGCAUGCCCGUGAGCAUGAAGUGUAAGGCGGGAUGAUUACAUUACAUUACAUGGCUUUUUCUGUGCACAGUGUCGGUAAAUGUUAAGUUCACAGUAACAUAAUGGGGUGCACUGUAACAAAACUAGUAUUUGUAUUUGCUUACUUUUCUUAGCAAUGACCUGUAAAUAAUAAUUCAGCGUUGUCUUUUGGAUGAGACAAGUACACAUGUUUAAUCCAUGGAUACAUUUAUCAAAUAAUCUGGAGUUUUUUCAUAAACAUGAUCAGAAAGUUAUAUUUUGUGUGCUGUGUUUUAUAGAACACUGUAGUUUAAAGAUACCAACCUACUUGUUGCUUUGGUAAAUUAUGUUUGCUUAAAAAUAAAUGUCCACCUUUUGACUUCGACCUAAUAAAAUAGGCAGAUGUUUCA